UAAAAUCAUCUGUCAAUUGUCAUAUGUCAGAAUUCACCUGUGGAAAUUGGAAUUCACGUUGAAAUGUUUUUACUUUAAGAAAUGAUAAAAUUGCCCAUGUGUAGGUACUUCAUACAUAUUUUUUAAAAGGUUAUAGAGAAAUAUAAGCAUGACUAGAUUUGCAAGAGCUAAGGGCUCGAAAUCUUCCAACGAAAGAGCUCCAGAAGACAGUACACCAUGGGAGGUUAUGAAAGAACAAUUACUGCAAGCUAAAAAAGAGGGUGAGGAAUCUAAAAAGAGGAAAGAGGCAGAAAAGCAACGCAUAGAAAACUACGAAAAUUUUCUCAAAGAAAAUAAAGUACAAAAACGAAAAGCAACUUGGUGUGAUUUUCCUGAAUCUGAGAACAAACAGUCAAAAGUAACCAACUCAUUUGAAUCAAGUGAAACACAAGCGAAAAGCAAUAAGAAAAAUAAGAAAAAUGUUGCUAAUGGGACUGAAAAUCCUGAUCUCAGGAAUGUAGAACCAACAAAUAAUGAUGUAGCUGAUAAUGUAAACAAUAUAGGAAAGAAACCUAAACCUAAAAAGGUAAAGAAAAAGAGUGAAGAAGUUGCCGAGACCCAGGUUCCAGAAAAUACUGCAGAAGAAGACAAACCUACACUAACAUUAAAAAAAAUUAAGAAAAAGAAGAAGAAGAACGGGCAGAAUACAGUUGCAACUGAUGCUACACAGGCACAGGAACCAAAUUUAAAUUCAUCAACAAAAAGUAACAAAGAUAAUAAAAAUAAAGUACAGAACUACAACAAUGAUAAUAAACAGCAACCACAAGGUAAAAACAAAAAAAAUAAAAAGUUUGUAGAUGGCAAACCUGUUCGCAGGAAAGAAAUCAAUGAUAGGAGUUUCCAACUCAUCGUAAAUGGUAAGGAAAUAGAACUAGUCAGGUUUGAUGGUUUCCCAGUCAUGAAAAAAGAUGCUGAAAGGCUCCAGGAGUUAAAGAAUAACAUGAUUAAGAAGGGUAUUCCAAAAAGUGAAGUUCAGAGAACUAUGAAGUUAGAAAGAAGAAGAGCUGAAAAAGCUCUGGCCAGAAUGAAAAGGGAAGUGUGUUAUAACUGCAGGAAAGGAGGUCAUGUGCUCUCUGACUGCCCAGACUUAAAGUCAAAAAUACCAUCAGCUGAUGCUGCAGAAGGAGUUUGUUUCAAGUGUGGUUCCACAGAACACAGGCAAUUUGAAUGUAAAGUACAAAGAGAUAAAGAGUUCAGAUUUGCAACAUGCUUUAUAUGCAAAGAGCCUGGACAUAUAGCAAGGCAGUGUCCUGAUAAUCCCAAGGGAUUGUAUCCCAAUGGUGGUUCUUGCAAGUUGUGUGGUGAUGUCACACAUCUAAGGAAAGAUUGUCCCACUCUAACUGACAAAAAGGAAGAGUCUACAGUAAAACUACAUACAUUGAACAGUUCAGAAAACAUUGAAGAUGUAGGGCAGCAAAGCAAUAAGUUGUCAUAUGAGGAACCAAGUAGUAAGAAACCCAAGAAAAUUAAAUUUUAAAUUGUUAC